AAAAGUGGAGGAAAAUAGAGGUUUUUAGCGUAUAUUUUUGAUAAAAAUGAACAUUAUUUCAAGUAGAAAAUGUAUAUAUUAUGGUAUUUCAGGAGUUAGAAAAAUUUCGACUUUAAAGAAAAACGACUUUUUUUUUAAAACAGAUCAAACAUAUGAAAGAUAUCUUAAGAAAAUUACACAGAAUGGACUUAUUUCAUUAUUCAUAUGGGGCGGUAGUGCUACACUUGCAGUACUUUUCUUUUCUCAAGGAAUUCCUCGUGUACGUACACAAAUUCAUCAACAACUACCUGUAUUUGGUCCUUCAUUUAAUGAAGAUAUUCCUUCAUCUGAUAUACCUCAAUAAACAAAUUUCUUUUUCAUUAAUAUAUUAGAAAAUUUACAUUUUUUCA